AGUAACCAAAAAAAAAAUAUAUAUAAAAAAAUGUCUAUGGUUGCCAAGUGGACAUCUGAUUCUGAAUUUGACAUUUUCAGCAUCCGGGGGGUGAAUUCAGGUGAAUUUCUUUCUUAGUUUGUUCUUGACCCUUGAUUGUGUGAGUUUUUGUGAAAUACAAGUGACUACGUUUAUUAACUUAAAUCGUACAUAAAAAUGGCAUCACCGCGUACCAGACGUAAAUUAAAUUCUAUACAAACAAGUGAUGAGAACCACAAAUGUUUCGAGUGUGGUACCCUGAACCCGCAGUGGGUUUCGGUGACGUAUGGCAUCUGGAUAUGCUUAGAAUGUUCGGGCAUUCACCGCAGCCUUGGGGUCCACUUAUCUUUCGUACGGUCCGUCACCAUGGAUAAGUGGAAAGAUAUUGAACUCGAGAAAAUGAUGGUGGGUGGUAAUUUGAAGGCGCGCGAGUUCCUAGAGAGCCAGCCUGAUUACAAGCAAGGCAUGACCAUCCCACAGAAGUACAACACCAAGGCGGCUGCCAUGUACCGCCAAAAGAUCACAGCGCUGGCGGAGGGCCGGCCCUGGAGUCCGUCCGACUACAAGCCGGACACGGUGGAGAAGCCACAAGACCAAUGGAACCAGUCGCGAGACUUCUACUCGUCGGGCGACAACACCUUCCACACCAGUGGCUCCGACAACAACAUCAGCUACCACAGCGAGUACGGCAGCGGGCGGUACACCGGGUUCGGGAACACCCCGAAGCAGUCGCAAUCCACGCCCAUGUCGCCCAUACACAGCGGCAACGAGAUGGUGGACAACACUCUCGCCUCGCUCGCUUCCGGCUGGUCGUUAUUCGCGUCGUCGGUGAGUAAAGCAGCGCGGACUGCCACGGAAAGUGCAGUUCGGUACGGGGAAAUCGCAACCCAAAAGGUUUCCGAAAUGGCCUCCACUGUCACGGAGAAGGUGAACCGUGGGGGCGGUUGGAGCUCCCUAGGCGGCGCCAACGAGGGCCGGCGCGCGUCCAACUCGAGCGCGCACCACCCGCACUCCUACGGCGCAAUGAAGAGCUCCACCUCCGAACCUUACUCGCAGUGGAACGAGCAAAGCCAGCCGUGGAAGGAGUCUGUGGCGGCACGGAAUAAUCUGGACGCGCGUGACCUGUCGCAAGUGGGCGUGGCCAGCCCCCCGCCCGACGGUAAGACGGGUCGCAACAGGCAGCCCGACGACUCGUGGGACUGGCUCAACAACUAGACCCUCCCUGUCCUGUUCCGAUAGUCCGUCACGCUCGUUAUAGGAUUAAUGAUGCCAUGGAAACUUAACUGUACUAUUCUACUAUAGGUAUACAUGUGAUAAGUGACGUCUUUUGUGACAAUUGGGGGUCCGGUGUCUAAUUUUAACUCCUUUCGUGCUUUAGCAAACGUCAAUGUGUCUCUAAAUGUCAAAUGCUAAAGGGAGUAAAAGUUACACAUUUUAUGCCCAUUGGCGCUGAAACUCAAAAUAUCUUCAUAAAAAAAAAUAUUGUUAGUAUAAUGCAGCUAUUUUCAAUAGUUUCAAUGUAUUUUUCACCACCUAAUGACCAUUCAAUUAUAACUUUAGUGUUGAAAAAUUGACGCAAGCAAUUCCACCUCGUUUUACAAAUUCGUGGAAAAUAUUUUAUUCGCAAUAAUUGACGACACAUGUUGUCACAAUGUCUAUAUGCAAAAUUAUUAUUUAUAGAAUGAUAAAAAGCAAAUAACAUAUUGUUUUUAUAUCAAUGUAUAUAUCACGAAACCUUUCUUUUCUAAUAUCGUAGGUUUUGUCGUUAUUUAAAGCCGGCACUUCACUUGGCUACUUGUGUUUGUUAAUGCUCUACAAGGAAUGAAAAGGACCGACUCAUGUCAUGUUUACGGUGAAGAGCCGGCAUUACAUUACACAUAAUGUUUGAUAAGAGUAUCAGUUUUAUUCAUUUUAUUGAUCUUUCGGUAACUCUAUUUACUGUUCAGGUAUAGUCGGUAAAGCAUGUCGUGUCCAUAUAUAUAUAAAUAGAUAUUCAUAAUGGCCUAUUGAACAUUCAGCGAUUACGAAUAAUGCAAUGUAAUUUAAAAUAUACAAUGAUUUCAAUUUAACUUAUGACAUUAUGUAAAAGUAUUUGCUUUAUAUUAUUUUUGGAUUUUAUACAUUCCUCAUUGUUAGGAACGUAAGACUUUAAAAUGACGAAAGAACUCGUUCAAAUUACUAGAUUAUUCUAGACUAUGUUUUUUAUAUUUUAUAUUAAGUGAUGUCCUUUCAUUGCAAUAAUUGAAAGUUGUAAAAUCUUGUAAGUAUUCAAUAAAAUAAGAACAUUUCAUGAUUUACUUAAUUUACAAUAAUUAUUUAGAUUUAUUGAAACUAUUCUUUUCAUAAGGACAGUUGCAAUAAGUUACUAUGUAAAUCUCAUUUUCUAUGACCGCCUUUCAUUUGGAAUUUAUCGAAGUACGCUACUAUGUCCACUAGAUAACACAGCCGCAAUACAAUUGUAUGGCGGCAUACAAAGAGUGUUAUCUAGUGGUAUUAAUAAUCAGGUUAUGCAGACAAACAAGUGAAAUAGAUUUGUGAACGCUGUCCACGUCGAAGGUUGCGUACUAAGUAAACGUGUGUGUGAACUACAAUUAAUUAUCUUAAAGAACUUUUGAAGUAAUCCGAUAUUAACAUGAUACUUUAAGGCUAAAGCCACACAUCAAAGCAAAGAGCAUCGCUUGGUACCGCGCUCAUAGGCCACCUAUAGAACUAUGCAAGUCAGCAAUUUACGUUAUCUGGUGCUCAUAGUACAAGCUAGGCUGAGUAAGAAGCUAGACACAUUGCUGUGAGUGUCAGUUAUUUAUCAUUUUAAUAAUUUCUCCAAUUCCGGAUAUAUAUUCAGUAACAUUUUACAUUUGUAAAAAUAUGGGUUGAGAAGGAAAAGAUCUUAAUGAAGAUAGUUAUAUAAUAGAAAAUAAACUAUAAUUCGAACCUUUAAUAGUUAAAACUGAUCCAACCUUUAGGUACUAUAGAAUUCAAACUGAGAAUUAUCGUAGAAGGAAAACUAAGAAUAAUCAACAGCACAUUUUGUUAUACUAAAUUACUAUUUAUUUCCAAUACAAUCACUUUUAUGUACCUAUAAUACAUGGAGGGUGACCAAUCAACAUAAAGCUAUACUGCGGCGUGCUGUGCUAUGCUCUAUUUAGUCAAUUCGCGCCUCUUACAUUAUAAUGAUUAAAUAAACAAUAUACUGUGCUGCUUUUUGUGUGGCUAUAUUAUUUUGUUCCCACAGCGCGGCUUCUUGACAGAGUACGUUCGGGACAGGUCGUGAGAGUUCCUCAAGUACUCUUGUUCUAGUAAAAAAGGUAUCGGAAAAUAAACUAUUAUAUCACUACAUGGAACGGAUACGAGCAGUUUCUUUCACCGGACAAAAUAAAACAUGAUCACAGAGCAGCUCGAAAGUUUAUUGCUCAGCAUCAUACAAUCACGAAUAGCAGCGUAGGUUCAUCUGCAAAGCGUGGAUUUAUGAAUUAAACGUAUUAGGCAAGAGGCAACCCUUAUUAUUCAUGAUUUGCUGGUGUCUUGUAUGUGUAUAUAAUAUAUACAUAUUUUUAAGUAAUUAAAUUAUAUAUAAUUAUAUGAAAAGAACACCGAAUUUUAUGAUUGAUGCAAUCGGCAUUCUUUCAUCUCAUGUUUACGCGUCAGAGUAGUUUAAGUAUUAAAUUUUAUCAAGAUUAUUAUGUGUAUUGUUUAUGUGGUCCUCUUACAAGCUUUAUGUAUUAAAAUGAAACGAAGAUAGGUAGGUAUCUAAACUGAAUAUAUUUAUAUUUACAUACUUAUAUAUAAUUGAUAAUUAUGAGUUUAAUUUGUUUAUAUUUUGUUGUUAUGUCAGAUCUGAUUUAUUAUAACUUCUGGACUCAUUGUUAAUUAUGUAAGUAUUAUUGUCAAAUAACAUUAAAUGUACUGUUCCUUCAAUUGUAGUUGAAUGUUCAAAAUUCUAUUGCAAAUCGCAUAGCUAUGAGUUUAUGCGCUUUGUGAACAACUUUUCAAGCUCUGUUUUUACUCUUAAAUUCAUUCGAUUAAGUGAGUAUUAUGUAUAAUAUAAACAUAUGAAGGUGUGUUAAUAUUAUAUGUACUUUUUAUGGGCUGAGGUAAAAGAAUAUCGUUUUAAGGAGAAAUUGUGGGAUCUGAAGAGGUCAGUGACCCUCCAAACUGUGAAGGUCUACUCAGCCCUUGUUAUAGUCCUUAUUUCUCAUUAAAUAAGGUUUAAAUGUUUAAACAUUAUUUAGUCUUGUUUUAAUUUUGUAGUAGGCGCUCAGUUCAUUUAUGAACAAAUUCGGACAUUCUUGUAAAUAAGGUAACACAAAUUUACGUGCCAGUACCACUGUGUGGGAUAAAUGUAUUGUAUGUAUCAAUAUGUGUACUGCCAAAAAAAUAUACAUAUUUACACAGAAUAUAAAAUCAAGACUUAUUGCUAAUUCUUGAAUUUUUCUUUUAAGUACUUGUUAAAUAAGGGUUAUUUCAUCAUUGUUUUUUAGGCAAGAUAACCAAGAAUGUCUGUUCUCUAACUUUUCACUAAUGUUAGGUGAAACUCAUGGUUGUUUAUGUUUGAUUUGAUAUAAAAUACUUGAGUGAGUUAUUUUGUAAGAUCACUAUUUUAGGUGGGUUGACAACAACACAAAACUUUUCUGUGUGCAGGGGCUUACAUAUCGUCUUAUUUAACCUAGGCACUACAAUAAAACCAACCAAUCCAACUACAGUUGCGACAACCAACCAACGUUGUACUUGCAUGUAACUUUUUGUCCCACUAAAAAUAGUUAACUAGGACAUAUUAAAAUUAUUCAAUUAAAAUAAUGGCUUCUAUCAAUGUUUUAAAUUAAGAAUUCAAUAAUGUUUAACUUUAUCAAUAUCAAUUUCCGAAACGAAGUCGGCUACUUGAACAUAUUAAGCAUAUAUAAACAACAUGAAACGACAUGGCAAUGAAGGGUGUUCAAUCUUUCAUUCAACAUGAAUUUAAAUAAAUAAUGAUUUCAUAAAUUAUCCGAUAGUACCGAUAUCCUUGACAAAACUAACUUAACUUUUUUUUUAGACAAAAAUCAUUUAAUUUAAUGUACCUACAGUUUUUAAGUCAGAUGACUACUGUAAAUCUGUGCAUAUCAGUAUUGCAGUAAUAAAAAUGUUUUAGUGUUAAAUGUUUAAGAUAGAAAAUGUGAGAGAAAUGUGUUUUUUAUGUUUUUCUUUGUCAAUAAUGUUACUUGGCAGAAAAAAACAACACUGAAAAGCUUUCAAUUAUUAUGUUAAUUGUUACAAGUAAUAAUAAUAUACCACUCUUAUAACGUUAGACGUAUUAUGUAAAAAUCAAAUAAAUGCCUCGUGUAUUGUUACGAUCACAUUCACUGAACCAGUAUAAUGUUGCUAUUUCCUUUAAUUUUACCUCUGUAUUAAAAACAGUUCAUGAUACAUUUUGUAUCAUUCGAAAAAGUCCGAAUAGACCUCUUCAUAAAAACUGAAUUUAACAUCAGUGUACCAUAAAAUAAUGCUAUUUUCACUAACAGUUCAAACCGCUUUUUUAAAUUUAAAUAUGAAACAAUCGGUGCUUCUUUCGUAAAUGUUUUAUUUUCUUAGUCGUUUUAAUCUUUGUUAUAAAUAAAUAUAAGUCGAGAGAAGCUUAUUUCGCCUGUUAAAUUAUAUAUUAUAUUUUUUUAAGUACUAUAAUAUAAUGAUUGAAAUUAAAAUGUUUGGCAAAUUUUAAUAACAAGCUAAUUUCGUGUGGCAAUAUGUCAUUCAAAAUUGCUAAGUUUAUAAAUUUACAUUAAACAAAAUGUAUUGUUUUCACAAUAUUUAUUACUGCAAACUUUAUCUAAAAUAGUGCAUACUUUUUCGCUUUGACAUAUUAGUGAGACUGAUAGAUGUAACACAAACGAGAUUUAGUUACAUUCUUUGUUUUGAGUGAUACUUUAAAACUUCUUAAUAUGUAUGUCCAUACUAAAAAUUAAAUAACAUAAUUAUUUUAUUGAUUCAACUAUGGCACUUGAUAUCAAAGAACAAUACCUAAACCAAAUCUUUUGUGAGAUUAAAAUUUGCCUAAUAUUUUAUAUGAAACCAUUUAGGGUUGUUUCUUGUUAAAUAAACAUAAGUUUUACCUUGUACAAAUGCGUAUUAAAUCACAUCUAGACCAAUUUAUUGUUUAGUUAGUUGUAUUAGUUUUGUCAUAAUAAAGUGUUUAAUACCUACCUAUAUUAAGUUUUACUUUGUUUUAAAGGCAACUAACGUAUGAAUUGUAUGUAAUCUUAAUUAAGAUCAAUUUAUGCAUGGCCUGCCAUUUUAAGUAUGCAAAGAAAUAAAUGAUACUAGUUUCUGAAAGAGAUGACAUGUUUCAUUUGUGUGUGAUAAAAUAAAAUACUAAUAUUUG